AUGGGUAGGGAGCAGAGAGGAUGUGAGUUGAGGGAAGAUCUGGAUGAAUUUCAGAGCAUCCAGGCAAGAAAUGUCCAGCAACUCAUGGCCUUCACAGCACUAUCAGAGAGGAUAGGCACGGGGCACACAAAGGAUGACAAACACAGAAGUGAGUUUCUUCCACCUAUCUUUGUGAAGAUGCUGUCAAUAAGUCCUGUUCUUCCUGGAUUUCAAGGUGACUAUCGGAUUCGUGGUGUAGACAAAGAUAGAUGCAAGGUGGAGACAGGGGCACCAAGCUUUUUGCUAAUUUAUAAGCCCAAUAACAAGACUGGUCUAAACAGCCAGGAGCCAGAGCAAGUUCUGAUGGCUCAGGGUGAAGCAGUCCUGCUGAAGAUGAAAGACACCAGGAGCCAAAUGACUGGACCCAACCGAAGCUCUCAGAUGGCUCAUGCCUUUGGGAGAGCACAUACAUCCCCAAAUGAAGCAACAACACAGGAUAACCUCAGGCAGUCUGUGCACAUCGAGGAGAUGCCUGUGGCUUCUCAUCUGGAAACCAUCUCCUAUCAGAAGUCAGGCAGCUAUGCUGGACCUGCUCCUUGUAGAAGAGAACAAGAAAAGCUGGGCCGUGAGCUCUGGAGCGGGGUGGGCUGCGGGAACUCCACUGCCACCAACGCGGGCGCAGGCCGAGGCCCUACAGGAGCAGCUUAAGAUAUAACUGAAGAAUCAGUAACAGAAGAUGACAAGAGAAGAAACUAUGGAGGAGUGUAUGUUGGCCUGCCAUCUGAAGCUGUCAACGUGGUAUCUAAUCAAACAAAGACUGUACAAAAAAUUAAAAUAACUUCACAACACAAUAAUCAAGAGCUUGCUCAUCAAUUGGAAGGAAAGAAAGCUUUAUUUGAGGUCAUGGUUCAGAAGUUCUACUUGAUUGUCUGUAGGCCUCAUGGACUUUGGACCAGUGGUGGAUCUAUACGUCCUGAUAGGGGACACUCUGUGAAGCAAAGCUGCUUGCUAGGAAGCAAAGAGAGAGAUGAAGAAGACAUUGGAAGCCAACAUUCUCCUUCAAGGAGGAUAACACAAAUCCAGCCAAACAUGUAUCAUGCUGCUCAGUUAAUCCUCGGGCUUACAGCCUCAUUUAAGAAGCAAUGGGACACAGUCCUGUUUUCUCGGAGUUAUGCAGUUCAUCAGAAGGAAUGA